AUGAGGACGAGCUCCACGAGGAACCCUAAUAUGCCUCUCCGAAGCUCCACCGGCGCUCUUCUGAACGGCUAUGGCCUCGACGGAGCAGCGCAGGCGUAUCAGAAAGGUUGGAGCUCUGAGCGCGUCCCUCUUCCCUCUGGUUCGAGCAGGAGACAUGUCAGCAGCUCGACCUUUCUCCCCUUCAAGAACGGGAGGGCGAUGCCAUCAAAAUGGGAGGACGCAGAGAAGUGGAUCUUCAAUCCCAUCUCAGGGGACGCUCAUGGAGGGAGCCCAUUUGGGUUUCUCCCCCAUUACAGCCGCCCAAAGUCAAAGAGCGGCCCCCUGAGAACUCCUGUCAGUGGAGGAAGCUCCUCCUACCUGCCAUCUUCCCCACAGAUGAGGGUUUCUGAGGAGGGUUCGAUCAGGAACUUCCCGGCGAGCUCUCCAUUCCUGACUGGCGUUCUGGUUGCAGACCAUAGCUGCUAUCGCAGUGCUGGAACUAGAAGAGUGGCUGUGCAUGGCGGCGAGGGGAUUGGGGUGGAUAGAGAGGGAAGAAGACGAUCGUACUCUUCUCACGCAGACCAGGGAACGGUGCGGUCUGUGGGUGUUCAUGUCUGGUCAGAUCUGUCCGAUGGCUCAUCUUCCUCUCUGGCAAGCUCCCAAGGUAAGGAAUUCUGCCCAUUUUCUUCACUCCAUGGCCUGCGGGUUUUGCUUCUAAAAGUAGAAGCUCGAAUGCUUUGCUGUCUGAUGGCAGCUGAUAGCAAUCAGCUGUGCCCAUGAAAGAUAACUUCAUCAACCAGUGGUAGGAUGUGAAGAUGGCAUUUUCUCCUUGGCCUUUCUUUGCUUUUCAGCAUUCCAGCGGCAUAGAUGAUGACAUUUCCCUUCGUGUAACCUUCACUUUCUUACAUUUAUCUGGCCUUUCACUUGGCAAAUAGGCCAGAAUUCAGAUAUUUUAGCCACAUGGUGUCGUCAUUCGGAUAUUUUAUUUAACUUGCUGGAUUAUCAAGGCUGGGUUGGUCUAGAGUGAGAUUCUUGGGGGAGUGGACGCAUUUCGAUGGCUGUAAGGAAGUGUCCAUGGUCUGAAUGAUCUGAAUUCAGAGUGGAAAAGAGCUGAGUUUCUCUCUCUUCUGCCAGCAAUACAGGCAGUGAAGCUGGCAUCAGUAAUUCGUUUCUAGCAUUGUUCUAGCACGAUUUUUCUCAUUAAUGUUCCCUUUGGGAUCCUGUGACCCCAUUAUCUAACAUUAUCAAAAACCUUUAUUUUUCUCAUUAAUGUUCCAUUUGUGGAAAUUAUUCAUUCUUAAAACAUCAAAAAACUAUGACUUGUAACCUUUGCAUAUGAUCCCUUUUCUUGUGCUCCAGCUUUUCAUUUUCACUCAUAGAUUACAACUACAGCUGGGGGAUGCAUGUAAAAAAGCUUGAUUUAUUGUAUGAGUAAUGUAUGAAGAUCUCUGUAUGAAUUCAAGUCGGAUCAACAGCGAUGCCAUUUUUAGUAUGAACUGUAAUUGCUCACCCUCUGGCAGAUGAUGAUCUUGAGGGGGAAAAGGAUGCGGCUGGUGUGUUUUCUCCUGAGACCCAGAGGAAGGAUGUGGCCACACAAAUGAGUCCACAGGGUAGCGUGUCCUCUUCCCCCAAGGGGAGGUCUCAGUUGUCUCCUUCUUCAGCGUCGCCAUCGCCCACCAUUGAAGAAAUGCAGAGCCACUUCUCCAGGUUGGAGGUUAGGGAUGUUCAAGUUGACGAUAUGGUGGUCACAACUGGGUGGUCCAUGACCCAUGUAGGUCAUGCUGCAAACAAAGCUCAGAUGGAAGCUAAUUGGAAGAACAGUACAGUGGAGCCUAGAGCUUCAGCAUGGGAGGUCUCUGAGGCAGCAAAAUACGUAUCAAAGUAAGCAUAUCUAGCCUUACUUGAUGGCUAUAUACUUCACUAAAUGUCCUGUAGAACACAUCACAUAUCCUUGAGCCAACUGUGCUGACUGCCCAACAUCUCCAUGACAAGAAGUAGUUUAUUGUACUUUGGGAUUUUUACCUUUCAAUAUAUCUUCAUUUUGCCGUCAUUUUAAGCCAAUGAAUCUCUAUUUACUUUCACCCAGACGCAAUUACGGCCAUAAUUGCCUGAUUUAUGUAGAAGGUUGGAAAUCAAGUUCUGCACUAAGAACUGUUCACCGUGGGUAGAGUGCUGGAAAUUGUGAAAAUUCUGAUUUUCUAUCUUAUCCUUGGAGUAUUGAAAAUUUAUGACAAACAUUGCAUUUAUGACAAACAUUUCUCUGAGGAUGUCUUUCCAUACUCUUAUAUUGAUAAUCUAGGAGGAUAUAGGAGAAUACAUUUUCUGAUAUUAUAUAUGGAAACCUUGGUCUUUUAGAACUUGAUGCAUAUGGUCUUUGAUUCAUUUUGCGAUACAAAAUAUAAUGAACUGUUUGAAAUCACUAUGUAGCUUAUGCAGUAUAUCGUUGUUAAAUUGGGCAGUGGGGAUGUCAGAUAUGGCUCAUCUCGGAUUUCAUUAGAGGUUUUUGGUCUCAAUAUAGUCAUGUUGGCACUUUGGGUUUUAUUUUUCAUUGAACAUUCACAGUUUAGUGCUAAGUUUUCCAGGUUGAAGAGAGAAGAAGCCAAGAUCACUGCCUGGGAAAACUUGCAGAAGGCAGAGGCUGAGGCAGCAAUAAAGAACUUAGAGGUUUUCAUCGGGCACCCUUCGCUGCUCAUCCAACCCUUCAUUCUGCUGGCAUCUCCCUGUCAGCAAAGAACUUCAUCACAUUGUUUAGUAAUUCUCUUUUCAUCAAUCUAUGGUUUAUAGAUGCUCUAGCGCAUAAUCAACUCCAUGCCCAUCAUUUCUCCAGACUCUUGAACAUAGUUGUAUGCGCCAUUGAUCACUACUUACUACACUAAAUUAGAAUUAACGCACUUAGUUGAACGUAUUUUCCCAUCUGACUCAGACCCUUUUUGUCAAUUCCCAUGAGUAAAAUCUCUGUUCUAGUGUGGUGGUGCCAUUGACUGGCCAUGGAUCAUCCAGUCUCCCCUUGCAAAGUGCCUACUUGCCUGGGUCCGAUCUGGUUCACCCACAUCUUGGGCAUCUGGCCUACUCCAUGUUCCAGAGGGGACUUCCACAUUCUAUGACAGGCUUCUGUAUGUUUUUUUUCAGAUGAAGCUCGAGAAGAAGAGAUCCUCCUCAAUGGACAAGAUCAUGAGGGAGCUGAGAUCAGCUCAAGGGAAAGCCCAGGAAAUGAGAGAUUCCCUUGCAGCCAGACAAUCUGGUCAGGUUAGGGGGGCACCGGGGACGGGCCUAGCCUUCUGGAAGAGGGGGAGGAUGGCCUGCUUUGGUCGCUGCUUCACCUGCCAUGCCGCUUGA